UCAUUAGACACAUGCACUUCACCAGUGACACUGGAUACACUCUGAACUGCGAUGAAGUACAUCUGCUGCACAGCUUUUUGGUUUGUACUUUUGAACUUCCCUGCCUCUCAGCCUUUACAUUGUCAUAAAUUGAGAGAAGAAUGUAGAAUCUCUCAAGAUGAAUGUGGAGGACUCUGGAAUGCAACAGAAAGAAUGUGUGAUUAUUCAGGUGUGAACUGCCAACUGAAAAAUGUAGUGAACUGCAAUUUAACCAUAUAUUAUUUCACUGAGAAAUACCCUGAGUUUAAAGCAUGCACCUGUGCUAAAGAUAUUUACUGCACUGUUAAAAAGCUACUGGGAAAGGACUGUAACCCCAAAAAUGAACAUGCUGCCCCUGAAGGAACCAUGCUACAAGAAAGCUCCAUUAUUCAUAAAGGCUUCAUGCACCAUCCAAAAAUAAUUGAUGCUACAUCAUCAGGAAAGGCAAAUGACUGCAUUUUAGCAAAACAAUUAUGCAAAGAAAACCAUAAUUGCUUUUCUUUAUAUGAGAACUUUAAAAGUCAGUGCAUUCAACCACAAGAAUGCAUUGUCAAUGAUGCAGUACAAAGUUGCUUGACAGCUUAUAGCGAAUUCAGAAAAACUGUAAUGGGAAACUGCGUUUGUCUAAACUCAACAAAGAGAAAAUGUCUAAAAAUUUGGAAUAGCAUUUAUAAUAAUACUUGUUUACAACAUGCAAAAGAAAGACAAAUUUCCCCAAAUUCCGGAGGAAAAAGGGAUUCCAGUGUUUUGGACAUGAGUUCGUAUUCUUCUCAAGUGACUAUCAAUUCAGAAUGGGAUACAAGCUCAUUAAGGAAUAUAGCAAAUGGAGGUCCAAUAUCUUGCUUAGAUGUUGCAACGCUUUGCAUUGGAGAUUCUGUGUGCAACAGGCACUUAGCAGCACUUAUGAAGGCUUGCACCAUUAUUGGAAAUGUGUGUAACGUGAAGGAUUGCCAGAGAACGAUACAAUCAUUCUAUGAAACCAUGCCCUUCAAUGUCUCUCAAAUGCUGGCAUUUUGUGAUUGUCCUCAAUCUCAUGAAGACUGCCAACGGGCUGGAGACGUGCUACAUAGCAAAUCAUGCACCGUUCAUACAGAUGCACCCAUGUCCUGCCUUCGGGUGGUCUCUAGUUGCCUUGAAAAUGAGCUAUGCAGAGAAAGAUUUCGAACAUAUCAAUCAAAAUGCUGGGAACAUGCUAACAGGUGUCACAAUAAUAAGGAUUGUUUGUUUGCUUUAAAUAAAAAAGAUCUGACUUGCUCUGGAAGUGAUGAAUGCCGUGCUGCAUAUAUUGGAACUCUUGGAACAAAGCUUCAUACUCCAUGUACAUGUUCUGCCGGACUUGACUAUGACAAUCAAUAUUUAUGUGACUUAUUUUCCCACAUACUGCAUGGAAAAUCCUGUUUAAACAGACUUACUGUAAGAAACAUUCAUGCAUCUUACAGUGAUACACAAGGAAAGCAACGCAUAACGACUGACUCACAUACGUCUCAAAGUGAUGCUCUGGUCUAUAUCAUUGCAUAUACUUCUGGGAUAAUACUGAUUUCUGGAAUUAUUCUUUUGACUUUACUUCAGACACGAGCCUGCCGAUCACAACAAAAAAGUCCUGUUCCAAAAGGAAAUGCUUCUGAAAGCUUAAUGACUUCCUAAUCAGUUUGAAAACUAGCAUACUUCUGUAUUAUGUAUAGUAUGUUUUUAAGUGAAAUAAAUGUUUUUGGUUGUGAGCUUGUAGAUUAGCAUAGUGCUGUGAUGUCAUACUGAACUAGGUAUGUACAAGAAAUGUGGAGGGCUUCACUGUCACCCAAGUUUUUUACCAAUGUGUGUCAAAAUCUGCAACAUUUUCAACUCACAACACAUACGUUUACAAACUGGAACUCUUAACAUAUCCAAAUUAAAUAAUUUAGCACACAAAAGGAAGUAUUCAGUUUUAAAUAAAUAUAAAAUCAUUCAGGCUUAUUCAGUUUUGUGUAUUUCAGAAAAACCCUAGGAUAAAAAAAUAACUCACCGUGGCUGCUGGGUUUUUCCUAUUCAAUUGAAGGAGAGCAAACGAGCCAUGGUGAUUUCUUUUGAUAUCACCACGUCUGUUUUCUCACAGUCCCAGGGCAAGAUCAAUUUUCCUUAAAUCGAUAGUUUAAAGAAAAAUUGUCAGGACAUGCUUUGGAACCCUGAGGACAGCCCCACCUCCCUUUAAUGACUAAUUAAGCAAUCGGAAUAUUCCAGUUAGCUUAAUUAGUCCUUAAGUACUCACCCUCUGCUGUGAUGACUUAGUUCUCCGCAUCCCAACAAGCUGGUCUUUUGCAGCAGCAGUGUGUGUGAGAAUGUGUGAGUGUGUGUGUAAGACCCUGUGACCCCCUGUCAGGUGUGUGUAGCCCCUAGUAUGUGUGUGUGUGUGUGUGUGUGUGUGUGUGUGUGUGUGUGUGUGUGUGUGUGUGUGUGUGAGAGCCCCGUGAGUGUCCGGUGUCAUCAGCAGGAAGAACUACAUCUCCCAUAAUCCUCCUCCCUUUCCAAUAGCUUCCUCUUCUCCCAGCAUGCAUCCUGGAAGGACAACUCAGCAUGGAGGGGAGCUGACAAGAAGCCUGAAGAGGAAAAAAAGGGGGCAGGGCUCAACUGCACACCCUAUUACUAAAGAUAUUAAGAGGUGCUAUCAUGCUGAGGCUUCUUAUACUAUGCUGGAGGAAGAGAAAUGCAGAUGUGCACUCCUAGCACUAAGAACACUGGGGGUCAUUCCGAGUUGUUCGCUCGGUAAAUUUUUCCGCAUCGCAGCGAUUUUCCGCUUAGUGCGCAUGCGCAAUGUCCGCAGUGCGACUGCGCAAAGUAAAUUUGCUAUGCAGUUAGGUUUUUUACUCACGGUUUUUUCUUCGUUCUGGUGAUCGUAAUGUGAUUGACAGGAAGUGGGUGUUUCUGGGCGGAAACUGGCCGUUUUAUGGGUGUGUGCGAAAAAACGCUACCGUUUCUGGGAAAAAUGCGGGAAUGGCUGGAGAAACGGAGGAGUGUCUGGGCGAACGCUGGGUGUGUUUAUGACGUCAAACCAGGAACAACAAGCACUGAACUGAUCGCAGAUGCCGAGUAAGUCUCGAGCUACUCAGAAACUGCACAGAGAUGUCUUUUCGCUAUAUUGCAAAUCUUUCGUUCGCAAUUUUAAGAAGCUAAGAUUCACUCCCAGUAGGCGGCGGCUUAGCGUGUGUAAAGCUGCUAAAAGCAGCUUGCGAGCGAACAACUCGGAAUGAGGGCCACU